GAUGUGGGUGACUUGGGGCAUAGUCUAAAGUGCUGUGGGCCCGUGCAAUUGAUGAUGCAGUUGAGGGCGGGUGGACUAAGUGCUGUAAUUGACACAGCCUAAGCGCUUAUGGGAAGCUUAGAGAUAACUAAUGGAGCUUAGGGGGCAUCAGUAGUUGGAAGCUGCCCCGGGACAGCAGCCUGCCAGAAUCCUACAAACACCUACAACAAUCCGCAGAAAUGAAUGUUUCAGCACUCUGGACAGCGCUCUGCGUUUUCAUGUGUGGAGCUGCAUUUGCUUGCUCAGGAAAGAAGACGGAAAACAAUACUGGGCGUUUCGCCAAUGCCACACUGGUUCGGUUAAGUGACCUUUUAAGUGCCGGAUACAAGAAAGGAGUUCGCCCAGUACGAGACUGGAGAAGUUCAACGACCGUGUCCAUUGACUUAAUGGUUUACGCUAUUCUUAAUGUGGAUGAGAAAAACCAGGUCUUGACAACAUACGUGUGGUACAGACAGCAAUGGACAGAUGAGUUCCUUGUGUGGAAUCCUGAAGAAUAUGAUGAAGUCAAGCAAAUUUCCAUGCCUACUGCCAACGUCUGGAUUCCUGAUAUCCUAAUCAAUGAGUUUGUGGAUGUCGGAAAGUCUCCAGAUAUCCCAUACGUCUAUGUGAGCCACAACGGAACUGUGCGCAACUAUAAACCCAUCCAGGUGGUGACAGCCUGUUCCCUUAACAUCUAUAACUUUCCGUUUGAUGUCCAAAACUGUAGCCUGACUUUCCAGAGCUGGCUGCACACGACAAAUGACAUCAACAUCAGUCUCAUAAGGACGCCUGAGGCUGUAAAGAAUGACAAGAGUGUGUUCAUGAAUCAGAGUGAAUGGGAACUGCUUCAUGUUCUCUCCAAAUACAAAAACUUCAGUGUGGACCAAAAGGAAUACUACGCUGAAAUGAAGUUUCAUGUUGUGAUUCGACGCAGACCUCUGUUCUAUACAGUAAACCUCUUGUUGCCCAGUAUAUUCCUGAUGGUGAUGGACAUAGUUGGGUUUUACCUGCCUCCAGACAGUGGAGAGCGAGUGUCCUUCAAAAUCACUCUCCUCUUGGGAUAUUCAGUCUUUCUCAUCAUUGUUUCUGACACCCUGCCAGCUACUGCCAUAGGGACCCCACUUAUCGGUGUGUAUUUUGUGGUGUGCAUGGCUCUGCUGGUGAUCAGUCUGACGGAGACGGUUCUGAUCGUGCGGCUGGUGCACAAACAGGAUCUGCAGUCCCGUGUGCCCCAGUGGGUCAAGCACCUGGUGCUUGAGAAGGCCACAGGCCUGCUCUGCAUUCGCAAUAAGAAGUUCUGCUCCCUCCUCUCUCAGGGAUCUGACCUCCCUCUCUACAAAGAGAACAACAUGAACACAGUGCGCUGCAACCAUCACAACUGCGAGGGAUCCAGAGACACAGGGAGAAGCUUGGGUUUGGGUCUGACCGUGCGGGAAAGCGCCCCUCCUGUCAUGGACAGCAUUUUGCAAGAGAUCACCACCAUCCGUCAGUUCAUAGAAAAAAAGGAUGAGAGCAGGGAGAUUGCUAAAGAGUGGCUGCAGGUAGGGUACGUAUUGGACGUCCUGUUGUUCAGGGUCUACAUGCUGACCGUGUUGGCCUACAGCAUCACUUUAGGCACACUCUGGUCUGUAUGGCAGAACGCCUGACCGCAGAGAUGGAUCACAGAUAGAAGGCGCCAACUGUAUCUCGCUGCUUAAAAUAAAAGCAGUGGUCGAUGUAAGUGAAUGUGCUGGUAAUGUGAUUGCUAUCUCACAGCAGAAUAACUUGUUGAGCACCAUGACGCAGAAAUGUGCUUACUUUAAAAGUUAUUACUGUACUUGUGGACUGCUGUGAUGACCAGAUCCAUGACAGCUGCUACAAUACAACAGAUUUUGCUUUAUUACAUAAACAUUUUAAUAUGAGCUGUUGAACUAAAUAUCACAAUGACUGUGCUGAUAUGAAGUACACCAGCAUGUGUGCUUUUAUCCACCAGACGUUCAUAUCAUGCGACAUACAUUCCAGACAGAAUAUAGCCAGCUUUUCGGUUUAUUUUUUGUUCUGCCAGUAAAAAAUGUUUCAAAGUGAGAGCAAAAAAUGAAUACAAAGUUCCAGUGCAGUUACAUUAAAAUAUAUGCGCUUUUAAAUGCCUUGUUAUAUCCAGAUUAAUAGACUGGAUUCACUGUUGUAUAACAAAUAUGUCUUCAGAUCUUUCAUUGAUAUAUUGUGCCUAAAGCUUUUCAAUCUGUUACCUGUUUUCUGCAUGAAAGUGACUACAGUGCUUUACUAAAACUGAAAUUUUACUACGUACUGUAUAAUUGUUUGAUUGUAUAACUGUGACCAGUGGCGGCCGGUGACUUCUUUUUUCGAGGUCGUACGGUGUGAAGUGUGUCAAAACAUGUAUGUAGCCCAUCAUGUGUGUGGUUUGUAAUUUCAAAAUAUGUGUUUGGCGUGUCAAGUGAUCCUAUGUGCAUCACGUGUCUUGUGAUGCACAUAAGUGCCUGCUGCAGAUGUGUCUAAAGGGUUUAUGAUAAAAGAGACGCUCGCGUUUGCCACAGUUUACUGUUAAGGUAGUGUCUUUUGUGUAUUUUGUGAACGUGAGCGUCUCUUUUAUCAUAAAUGGUUUUGACGCGUGUGCAGCAGGCACUUAUUUUGACAAAACAUGUGAUGCACAUGGUUCACAUGAUGCAACAAACACAUAUUUUGUAAACACGAGCAACACACACGACUCUCCGAACUCAUAUUUUGAAUUUUCACCCCUCGGAUGAGCAGUCACGAGCCGCCACUGAAUGUGCCACAGUUUUGGCCAUUCAAUUAAAUUUGUGUACAUUGUAAAACUAUCUGCAGUACGGUCGGUGUUUGACAAAAAUGAUAUCCUGUUAUUGAAAUCCGCCUCUUUGAUUAAAGUGUCCAGUAAUGUGUAUGUAUUUAUAUAA